AUGAAUCUCGGUGUUCUUGUAUUGGAGCGUCUAGCUAAUGGAUCAAUGGAAAGAAUUGUCUUCAGUCCCGACUGGAUUUAUUCAGAUCAUACAAUUUACCGUUGGUGUUCGAAUAUUCUUAAAGGAUUAACGUACCUCCACUCUAUAAACGUUAUACACGCGGAUAUAAAACUUUCAAAUUUGAUGCUAGACUCAAAUUUUGUAGCGAAAAUUGGUGAUUUUGAUCUAUCAUUGCUCGAUGAAGUUUCGGGAAGAUCAGAGAAAACAGUGGGAACAGACCGAACAAGGGCACCGGAGUUGUGGAUUGAUAAUCAUGUAAGCAGAAAGAUUGACGUUUGGUCUUUUGGAGUCGUUUUGUGGGAGUUAAUUGGAAGAAAGUGGUGCUUUGGACAAGAAAGUUAUAUUCUCAUCGAGUUGAGCCAAAAAGGAAAGCUAGAACCGCCAAAGUUUCAAUUCAAUCAUCCUCUGUGCGAUUUCAUCACUUUAUGUAACAUUCCAUCGAGGAUUGCUCGGCCAACGUCUAAAAUCGUUUUUAAGUUCUUGCUGGAGCUCAUUGAGACUGAAUCCGUCAACUUCAUGAUGAGAAGCUUCACACCCGAAACAUGUCGAGAUGCAGUGGAGUUGAUUGAGGAGAAAGACAUGAUGAUUUCAAUGGGAUUGAAUCUCUUUCCCUUCUUUUCUUAU